UGAUCCUAGCAGGAAGACAGUGUGUUGACCGUCCUCUGACGAAGUUAGCGGUGUGUUUAUCUUACUUUUGGACCUAUGGCGACUCAUUAACGCCGCGUUUUGACACAGUCUCAGUUGUGUAAUAUUAACUGUAAAGAAAAAAUGAUGUCAGUAAAUCGGUGUUUGUAUUUGUUUUCUCGGCUUCGGCGCCAUGUUAACACUCGGACUGCUCGCCUCACCGGUAGUAGCUGUCAUGUGUCUUCUGGCUAUGGUUUGUUGCUUAAACAACAUCCGAGUAGUUCUGUUGUUAGCAGCAGAAGUUCUUCCUCAUCUCCAAAACCUCCGGACACGUCUCUUUUCGUCCCGAUCACUCUGAAGACUGACUCGUCUGCAAAUGGGACUGUCGGAGCCGAGCUGACACAGCCUCUCGACAAAAGUGAGCUUUUGAAAAUUGUAAACCGCUUUUACAAAAAGAAAGAGAUUCAGAAGUUGGCUGCAGAUAACGGCUUGGACGCACGACUCUUCCACCAGGCUUUUAUCAACUUUCGAAAAUACAUCCUGGAGGUGACAUCACUCCCCGCUGACCUGCACAUCAUCCUCAGUGACAUCAUCUGUGGAGCAGGUCACAUAGAUGACAUCUACCCAUACUUCAUGCGUCAUGCCAAGCAAAUCUUUCCCAUGCUGGACUGUAUGGAUGACCUGAGGAAGAUCUCUGACCUCAGAGUCCCUGCUAACUGGUACCCAGAGGCUCGUGCCAUCCAGAGGAAGGUGAUCUUCCAUGCCGGUCCCACUAACAGUGGCAAAACCUACCACGCCAUCCAACGCUACCUUGCUGCAAAGUCUGGGGUCUACUGCGGUCCUCUGAAACUGCUCGCCCAUGAAAUCUUUGAGAAGACCAAUGAAGCUGGUGUGCCAUGUGACCUGGUGACUGGCGAGGAGAGGACGUUUGUGGACAAGGAUGGUCGAGCGUCUGCUCACGUGGCCUGCACCAUUGAGAUGUGCAGCGUCACCACACCAUAUGAAGUGGCUGUGAUCGAUGAAAUUCAAAUGAUCAGAGACCAUGCACGAGGCUGGGCCUGGACCAGAGCACUGCUAGGUCUCUGUGCAGAGGAGAUUCAUGUGUGUGGGGAACCAGCAGCCAUUGACUUCAUCAGGGAGCUUAUGUACACCACAGGAGAGGAAGUAGAGGUCCACACUUACCAGCGCCUAACACCAUUCUCCAUUCUGGACCAAGCUGUGGAAUCUUUAGACAACCUGAGACCAGGAGAUUGCAUCGUGUGCUUCAGUAAAAAUGACAUUUACUCCAUAAGCAGGCAGAUUGAAGCCAGAGGGUUGGAAUGUGCUGUCAUUUAUGGCAGUUUACCUCCAGGCACCAAAUUGUCCCAGGCUAAGAAGUUCAAUGACCCUGAUGAUCCCUGCAAGAUCCUGGUAGCAACAGAUGCUAUUGGGAUGGGUCUUAAUUUGAGCAUAAAACGCAUCAUCUUCAACAGUCUUGUGAAGCCAAACAUCAAUGAGAAAGGGGAGAAGCAUUUGGAGACCAUCAGCACAUCACAGGCUCUGCAGAUCGCCGGUCGUGCUGGGAGGUUCUCCUCAAAGUUUAAAGAGGGAGAAGUCACCACCAUGCACAAAGAUGAUCUUCCUGUCCUGAAGGAGAUACUCAGUCACACGGUUGAGCCCAUUGAGACUGCAGGUCUUCAUCCUACAGCAGAGCAGAUUGAGAUGUUUGCCUAUCAUUUACCCGAGGCCUCUCUGUCCAACCUCAUUGACAUUUUUGUCAGCUUCUCCCAAGUAGACGGUCUUUAUUUUGUCUGCAACAUCGACGAUUUUAAGUUCCUGGCUGACAUGAUUCAACACAUCCCGCUCAACCUGAGGUCGCGCUACGUUUUCUGCACGGCUCCCAUCAACAAGAAGCAACCUUUUGUGUGCACAUCCUUCUUAAAGUUUGCUCGUCAGUUUAGCCGAGAUGAGCCUUUAACCUUUGACUGGGUCUGUCGCCAUGUCAACUGGCCCGUGGCCCAGCCCAAAAACAUCAAAGACCUAGUUCACUUGGAGGCCGUUCACGAUGUGUUGGAUCUUUACCUCUGGUUAAGUUACCGUUUCAUGGACAUGUUUCCUGACACUGCUGUGGUUCGAGAAAUUCAGCGGGAACUCGACAACAUCAUCCAAGAGGGAGUACGAAAUAUCACUCGUCUCAUCAGAGCGAGCGACCCGGCCACCACCGGCCCGCUCCACGGAACAGUGCCAGGAAGUCACGGUCCCAGCAGUAAUUAUACGUCACGAAGCAGAAGAACUCCAGGCUCUCCGAAAGGCUCUGGACAGACAAUGGACAGCUCACUGACUAACCGCUUGGUGCGAGAUGGACUGCUGACGUCUGAGAUGUUGCAGCAACUGCAGAGGGAGUGGUCCAAAGGACACACAAAGGAGCUCACCAAUCAGAGCGCAGUAGAUGUCAGAUAUAACAAAGACAAUCGGAGCAAAAAGAGGAAAUGAACCAUCAUGGGAUCUGAACUUCUUCAGUAGCACACUAAGAGCUCCAACCUGAUACAAAGUAGACUGCAAGGAACAUUGUAUGUAUGUGAAGUGGGACCCGGCCCACAUCCCCUCACAAUGUUGUAAUUACCUCCAACCAUCCAUCCAUUUUCUAUGCCGCUCCUCAUUAGGGUCGCGGGGGUAUGCUGGAGCCUAUCCCAGCUGACUUCGGGCCACAGGCGGGGUACACCCUGGAUUGGUCGCCAGCCAAUCGCAGGCUAGACAAACAACUAUUAACACUCACAUUCAUACCCUUGGACAAUUUAGAGUCGCCAAUUAACCUAACAUGCUUGUUUUUGGAAUGUGGGAGGAAACCGGAGUACCUGGAGAAGACCCACCCACGCACGCACAGUGAGAACAUGCAAACUCCACACAGAGAUUCCAACAUGCUAACCACCAGACCACCGUGCGGCCCAACCUCCAACCAAUCGAUGAAAAAGAAUCUCCAAGCUUGAGCCAUUGAUACUGUGAUUAAUAAUUGUGUCUGUUUGCAUGAAAGCUAGCAGCUCAUUCAUUCAGUGAUCGUGCAGCAUCAGGAGCAGGUUAAGGCUCAGUAUCUGGCUCAAUAUCAACAUUCGGGUUUGAGGACUCUCUUAAGUCACGCUGGACUACUGUACAUCAUUAUCAUUCAUCUUAGUACACGUGGAGCUUUCUGUGAGGACUGCGCUUAGAGCACAUCCCAUUGCAACAAAGUACAGUUGUCUUGACAUUGAUAUUAUGCAAAUAUUUUUAGUGUUUAAAAAUCUUGAUUAAAACUUAUUUUCACUGUCUUUUACCUAUUGUUGUAUAGUGAUACUUAAAGUGAUGCAAAUCUAAUGAGAUCCAGUAUAAGACCUGUAUUGAAAAUUCUGCCUGUACAAGGAUAAUCUUUUUUUUUUAAUUUUUUUUUUUUUACUAGUUGUGGCACUAGUAGUCUGUUUACUACAAGUCAGCCAUUCAAGUGCUGACUUUAAAAUGUUCUUGUCAAAUGCUUCCACACAAUUGUAUUACCCAUUACACUGAGCCGACUAAACAUUAAAUGUAGAUUUUUGUGCU